UUACUUGUAGAAUUGUGCAACACAUUACUAAAAUGAUGAAAAAUAUUUAAAAAUUAUAUUCCUAUUAAGAGAGUACAAGAGGAGCUGAAGGACUAACUGAUAAGUCCCAGACAUCAUUACAAAUAAAGGAGGUUCAAUAAUAGGGCUCAAAGCCCUUUAAACCCAUAAGAGUGGGCUGAAAACCCAUAGAUGAAACUGCUCCACGGCCAACAAUAAAUGGAAAAAUGCAGAAUAGGCCUUGUAAAACCCUCACAUGGCCACUCUCGCACCGCCAGACCAUUAGCCAUGAGAUCAAGAGAUCAAGGAUUCUCAACUAAACGCUCAUCCACCAGACGCUAUCGGCAGCACCAGUAAACCCACAAGAUAUGUCUUAAAGCUGCCGACGGUGGUUGGGGAGUAGAUCGGCAGGAAGACAAGACCCAAAAGGAGCUUCCUUCUUCCACCGAUCAAAACCCAGAAAACCAGCAACUCUUCCUCUCCAUCGCCUACAUCUGUCACAAGACAAACACCCAUAGGACAGCGGUAGGCUAAGGAGGCGGACGUCGCCGCACCAACUGGCUAGGUCGGGGCCAAGAUCGACCAAAACCUGCACCAAAAGAACAAAAACAAGCUAGCAACUAACCCAGCACAAGACAACAACAUCACUAGAUACACUUUAAUUAGAUAUAAACAAAGGAAAACUAGAAAGCAAGGUGAGACGAAACUGAGGGUUGCCUGCCGGUGGCAAAGCCACCAGAAGCCGCCCCAAACGCAGACCUAAACCCUAGGAACAGUAGGAAGAAGGUUAGAGAGGAUGAGAGCAAAUUUUUAAAAUAUAUAAUUUAACUUCAUUCUCACUUAUCCUAUAAAUUUACCUAAAGCAUAAACAUAUAGUAAAACUAAACAAAAAUAAAAAAUCAAACCUAUUUUUUUAAAUUUUUUAUUGAAUUUAUACUUGGCGUUUCCAAAAAUUCUUUUUCUAGAUUUUGUGGUGCUAAUUAUUUACCAGGCCCAGAAAGGAACCGACACAGAUAAAUUACAAAGCCAUUUCAAUGACGUGGGCAGCAGAAAGGAAACCGGUCCCAGUCGUCACUAGAAUUGCCGCCAAAAACACCGGCAACAGCAGCCGUUACGAACACAAUCUACAUGGCACGUGCACAUUUGCCACGUCACUUUUCCCCACUCUCUUCAGUAACUAUAAAAACAAACGGCACACUUUCACUUCACUUACCACUCAGAACCCGUCAGCCAUCCACAUCGUCUUAACCGCUACUCCGUCCAAUAAUCUCUCAACACGUUUUUAACGGCCACGAUUUAAAAGGAAGAGUUGUUACUUCCUUACUUAAUUAAUUAUCAUGUGUUUCCUAAAAGUUCCCUGCUUUACUUUUUUUAGUACUUCUCCUUCUCUCUCGUCUUGUUUUGGUUUCCUAUUUUCCUCGGAUUUUGGAGGUCGCAUAAUUUGAUUCUCUUGUAAAUUCUGUUUCUUGGGUCUUUCUCAAAAUUCUUUAUCUUUUAGAGGGUUUUGGUUUGUUUUUGUUUUCUUCGUUUCGGUUGAGGGAAAUUUCAACAAGACAUGGAUGAUGAAUAUGCUAAGCUUAUCAGGAGGAUGAACCCGCCAAGAGUUGUGAUUGACAACGAUGUUUGUGAGGACGCCACUGUUAUUCAGGUUGACAGUGUCAACAAGCAUGGAAUACUACUCCAAGUCGUACAAGUGCUUACUGAUAUGAACCUUGUAAUAAAAAAAGCAUAUAUAUCAUCUGAUGGAGGAUGGUUUAUGGAUGUGUUUAAUGUGAUAGACCAAGAUGGCAACAAAAUCAGAGAUAAGGAAGUGAUUGGUUAUAUACAAAGAAGACUUGAAAGUAAUGCAAGCUUUGCUCCUUCAUUGAGAGGGUCUGUUGGUGUGAUGCCUUCUGAAGACCAUACAUCAAUUGAACUCAGCGGUAAUGACAGGCCUGGAUUAUUGUCUGAAGUAUGUGCAGUUCUGGCGGAUCUUCGCUGCAAUGUGGUAAAUGCUGAGAUAUGGACCCAUAAUGCCAGGGCUGCUGCUGUGGUUCAUGUCACAGAUGAUUCCACAGGGUGUGCGGUUAAAGAUCCAAAGAGACUCUCGACAAUAAAGGAAUUGCUGUGCAAUGUUCUCAAAGGUAACAAUGAUUUAAAAGCAGCAAAAAUGACUCUUUCACCUCCUGGGAUAACAAGUAGAGAGAGAAGAUUGCAUCAGAUCAUGUUUGCCGAUAGGGACUAUGAAAGGGUCGAUAGGGUUGGACUAGGAAGGCUCGAGGAUAAGAGCUCAAGACCUCAUGUUACCGUGUUGAACAUCGAGAAAGAUUACUCUGUGAUUACUAUGAGGUCAAAGGAUCGCCCUAAACUUUUGUUUGACAUUGUUUGCACUUUAACGGACAUGGAGUAUGUAGUUUUUCAUGGAAUGGUCAAUGCAGGAAGGAAGGAGGAAGCUUAUCAGGAAUUCUAUAUCCGACAUGUCGAUGGACUCCCUAUAAGCUCAGAUGCUGAGAGAGAACGUGUCAUACAAUGUCUUGAAGCUGCUAUUGAAAGGCGAGCAUCUGAGGGACUUGAGCUAGAAUUAUGCACAGAGGACCGUGUUGGACUUCUUUCAGACAUUACCAGAACAUUCCGAGAAAACAGUUUAUGCAUCAAGAGAGCAGAAAUUUCAACAAAAGGCGGUAUAGCCAAAGACACAUUCUAUGUCACAGACGUAACAGGUAGCCCAGUUGACCCCAAGAUUGUUGAUUCAAUUUGCAGACAGAUCGGACAAACUAGGUUACAGGUGAAACAGAACUUGACUCUUUCACCAAAGCCAGCACAAGAAACUACAAUGGGAUAUCUAUUGGGGACCCUGUUCAAAGCUCGAACGUUUCAGAAUUUUAAGUUGAUCAGAUCCUACUCGUAAUCUGUUUGCGUUAAAUUCUCACCAGUGUAUAUAUUGUACAGAUAUAGAUGAUGUAUGAAGUCAGCAGAAGAAAAUAUAAGUAUCAAGAGGCAGGCACCAACAUAGGCUCUGCAUCAAAGGGAUUAAUAUUAGUAUCACGAGACAGACACUUGUACAGAUUUAGCCUGAGAACCACUACAUAUCUGUAAAUGCUAAGGUGGUUCUUUAUAUAUGUAUAUUCAAAUUGCACAUGGGUUGUCCCAAAACCCAUUUGUUUGUACACAUAAUUCAGCCCAAUGAAACAAAAAGAAAACGUUAGUGUUAAUGUUAUUUAUAGAGGUUUGUAUCUUAA